CGUGCCGUACGGAAGUGUGCUCUUGCGCACCGGAAGCCACCGGGAAAGAGCGAUGGCGGGUUUAACUGUGAGAGACCCUGCGGUGGAUCGUUCUCUACGUUCGGUAUUCGUGGGGAACAUUCCAUAUGAGGCUACUGAAGAGCAAUUAAAGGACAUCUUUUCUGAGGUUGGACCUGUUGUUAGUUUCAGGUUGGUAUACGAUAGGGAGACAGGAAAGCCCAAAGGUUAUGGCUUCUGUGAAUACCAAGACCAGGAGACGGCACUUAGUGCUAUGCGAAACCUAAAUGGGCGUGAAUUCAGUGGGAGAGCACUUAGAGUGGACAAUGCUGCCAGCGAAAAGAACAAGGAAGAGCUGAAGAGCCUUGGCACUGGUGCCCCUGUCAUUGAGUCACCUUAUGGAGAGACCAUCAGUCCUGAGGAUGCCCCUGAGUCCAUUAGCAAAGCAGUUGCCAGUCUUCCACCAGAGCAGAUGUUUGAGCUGAUGAAACAAAUGAAGCUCUGUGUCCAGAAUAGUCCUCAGGAAGCACGGAACAUGUUGCUUCAGAACCCUCAACUGGCUUAUGCUUUGCUACAAGCACAGGUAGUGAUGAGAAUUGUAGAUCCAGAAAUUGCCUUGAAAAUUCUUCAUCGCCAGACAAAUAUUCCAACACUGAUUGCAGGCAACCCUCAGGCAGUCCACAGCGCCGGACCUGGCUCAGGAUCCAAUGUGUCAAUGAACCAGCAGAAUCCUCAGGCCCCUCAGGCCCAGUCUUUGAGUGGAAUGCAUGUCAAUGGCGCGCCUCCUCUGAUGCAAGCUUCUCUGCAGGCUGGAGUUGCAGCACCAGGGCAGAUGUCAGCCACUGUAACAGGACCUGGCCCUGGUUCCUUAGCUCCUGGAGGAGGAAUGCAAGCCCAGGUUGGAAUGCCAGGAAGUGGACCAGUGUCCAUGGAGCGGGGACAAGUGCCGAUGCAAGACCCCAGAGCAGCUAUGCAGCGUGGGCCCUUGCCUGCCAAUGUCCCAACUCCUCGAGGUCUGUUGGGAGAUGCUCCAAAUGACCCACGUGGAGGCACUUUACUUUCUGUAACUGGAGAGGUAGAGCCUAGAGGUUACCUGGGACCACCUCAUCAGGGUCCGCCCAUGCACCAUGUCCCUGGCCAUGACAGCCGUGGCCCACCCCCACAUGAGAUGAGGGGAGGGCCAUUAGCUGAGCCCAGACCUCUAAUGGCAGAGCCAAGAGGACCCAUGCUAGAUCAGAGGGGUCCACCCUUGGAUGGCAGAGGUGGAAGAGAUCCCCGAGGCAUAGAUGCACGAGGGAUGGAGGCACGAGCCAUGGAGGCAAGAGGAUUAGAUACUAGAGGAUUGGAAGCCCGUGCGAUGGAGGCCCGUGCAAUGGAGGCUCGUGCAAUGGAGGCCCGUGCAAUGGAGGCCCGUGCAAUGGAAGUCAGAGGGAUGGAGGCAAGAAGCAUGGAUACAAGAGGCCCAGUCCCAGGCCCUAGAGGCCCUAUACCUAGUGGAAUCCAGGGUCCCAGUCCAAUUAACAUGGGGGCAGUUGGCCCCCAGGGAUCCAGACAGGUCCCAGUCAUGCAGGGAGCGGGCAUGCAAGGAACAAGCAUUCAGGGUGGAGGCCAGCCUGGUGGCUUUAGUCCUGGCCAGAACCAAGUCACUCCACAGGACCAUGAGAAGGCUGCUUUGAUCAUGCAGGUUCUUCAACUAACUGCAGACCAGAUCGCCAUGCUGCCUCCUGAGCAGAGGCAGAGUAUCCUGAUCUUAAAGGAACAAAUACAGAAAUCUACUGGAGCGCCUUAGGAGGUUUUCAAAAAUACCUGGCAACAAAUCUGGAAAUUAAUUCCAUAAUUUUGUUGAAAUGUUGCAAAAAGAUGACUCCUGCAUCCUAACCCAUGAAUGACUCAAAUUGGUGCCAGGUGGAGGACUCCCAUCACCUUCUCUCAGAACAAAAUCAGUUCAUUCUGUUGUCUUAGUUUGUAUAUUUUCUGUGACUUGAAAUAAACUUUGAACACAAUUUUAGUAUACUGCAAAUUGAUAUAUAUGACCUUUUUGCUUUUAAAAGGCUGAACACCAAGGGUGAAACCUUACGUGUGUUUUCUACCCUUACUGCAGUAUUGUACUUUAAUGUUAUGUUGCCAUAGCUCUGUUUUUCCUUUUAAGUUAAUGAUUUAUUCUUCUUGAUGAUAUUUGAGAAUUUCUCAGAAACAGUGUUUUCUGGAACUUAUUUUUUGCUUAGUUUGCUUCCAACAGGAAUAAUAUUAUUUGCCCUUUGAGAACCUGCUAGAACUUCUGAGUCUACUGGGAGAAAAUAGCAUGUGCUUAGAGCUAUAAAAUGUUCAGAAAGCCAACAAAGCAAAGAGCCUACCUAGCACAGCAGUGUAUUUAGUUUAGAAAAAUCCAAAUAUCAAGAUGUAUUUUUUGUCUACUCACAUGCAUAGUUCAGAGUUAAGACAAAGAUGAUGUAUGAUCACUGGUUUGAGUGUGUCAACAACACAAGAGACUGUUGACAUUUUCUUGUCUGUUCUAAAACUCUUCAGUCUGGGUAGUCAACUUUAAAAGUUAAGAAAGCCACUAAUUUUUCACAUGUUCAAGAUAAAGUAAACAUUGAACAGAAAUCAAACAAAAUACAUUUCAUCCUGCCUUCUAAAUAAUUACUAACCUACAGCCCUACCCAGUAACCAAAUUUAUUCUGGGAAAUUAAAACAUAGAAACUCUAAAACUUUUACAUUUUUCUCAUUUAUUUUAAGAGGACCAAAUGUAGAGCAUAAGCAGUCAGAUUGCCCAUUAGGCCUGCCCUGCUUGCUUCCUUUCAAAUGGGUGUGAACAUAAUCAGUGCUACUGGCUCUAAUCUAUGGCUCUUCCAGCCUAGUAUUCUCUCUCUCAUAGUGGCAUUAAGGAGAAACAUGAUUUCUCUCCAUCAGGCCAACCUCAAGAGGUUAAGAGGUGCCUUAAUAAUUAGUAAAGUUCCACUGGAACUAUUCCUGAGCCUAUUUAUGUUCUCAGAGUCCUAGCCUCUGGGUUAGGAUUAUGGUCAAGUGAAUUAAAAGCCUACCAUAGGCUUAGAGAAUGUAAUAGCAUAUUGCUUACAUGUCAAGCAAAAGAAUGCAAAGAUAAUCAACUUUAUGAGAGACAUUAGAAUUGAGGGAUUUUCUACUCUGAUAUAUAAACAUUUACUGCAACAAAAAUUUGCUGAAUAAGAUACUUGAUAUUACAACCUAGAAAGAAAAACUUGCUCAAAACAGCUGAGGAGUUUUCUGGGUAUCCUGCUCGUCCCCAGUUCGGGCUUAGAUGUUGAUUAUGUGUAGGAUUUAUUAUCAUCAUUACCUUUUCUGCCUACUUCCAUGAACAUUCUAGGCCUUGAUAUAUUGAUUUUAGCAUCGGUCAUAUCUUGAAGUGUCAAUAUAUUUAGACAUUUAAGACCAAGAGUGCAGCCUUUCUCCUUAGGAACUCAUUGUAAGUUUCAAGAACACUAAAAUUCCAAAUCAGACUUACUGAAGAUCAAAUUAUAAUUUGGUCAGCAGUUGUCUAAUAGGAACCAUAUCAUCAGGGUUCCAUUGUGCAUUUUCCUAAAGCCUUAUUAAAUUUAAAUUAGCUGAAAUCCAGGAAAUUGGUAACAGCAGGUGUAUCCCAGUCUAUUCCCACAGAAACAUCCAUUAGUAUGUUUUCCUCCUGUCCAGUUAAUAAAUGAAACACAUUAGCUACCGUGAGUUCAUGACCUACUUUUAUUUUGUUCAGACUAGUGACAGAAAAAAAUGGUUUUACUAAUCCUUCAAGUCAUGUUGGUUUCUGGAUAAUUAGAAAAAAUCAUUUAUUCAUUUCUGGUCACUUAAUGGUAGAGAAAUAGGUGCUAUAAUGUUAAUUCAGUAGAAACAUUCUUGUGAAUCUAAUGAUUUCAGUUGUCUUUGGGCGCAACAAAAUGUGGAUUAUUUUUCCUCUUUUAAGGGCCCUGGUCUUCUUUCCUUCUACUGAUUCACUGUGACUACUGACAUCCCAGAACCAGGUGGGUGGAAGAAAUAAAAAGCAUUUUGAUAGGAGAAAGAAAAGGCAUUUUGCUUAUGUCAUUAGGUGAAUGAUUCCUUAAUGAAUAGUUACAUAGGAGCCAAAAAAAAGUUGUCAAAUUUUAAAUUAUCUUUUUUUAAGACUAGACAUUAAUAACCCACCUUGAUAAAAAUGGCAAUAAAGAGCCCUUGUUGACUAAAUAAUCAUCCUAAGAUGGAGUUCAAGUUUUCACAAUUAUUUCCAACAGAACAAUGCAAGCUAAUGAAAACAUAGCUGACUUUCAACUAUAAUACAAUUUCAAUUACGAUUAGCAUACUUUCAAAAUUUUCUUUUCCAAAUGGAGAGCCUAGACAAAGUAACAGAAGAUUUAAUCAUUAAGCGAAGAAAAUCCUUCAUUUUUUGACAAGCAAAAAUAAGUAAAGUGUAAAUUGCUGUUCACACUGGAUAAGACCAUGUAUAACAGUAAGAAUGUACAUAGUGUUAUAUAGGGAUUGGGUUCUUGGUAAUUUUAUGUUCAUUGUUUUACUAUUUAUGCUUAUUAUUAUGUUUUGUCAUUAAUUCUUUAAUAAAUUUU